AACAAUACUUUUUCUUUUUCAUUCAUCGAUAAAAGUCAUUCGCUAUAAUAGAAAUAUUUUUUAAUAAAAUAGUAUUUGAAUUGAUUUUUCCGAAUUGAAAAUGUCAGCGAUUAGAUUAUUUUCUGUGGCUCGAAAUGGUUUGAAUUUUAUUAAGCCACAAUUUGCUUCUGGUUUUGCAUCAAGCAGAGGUUAUGCCACUGAAACUGGCUUGUCAAAGCCAGGCGAUGGCCAAGAAAUUGCCGAUCCAAGACGUACCGAAGACGGAUACAUCUACGUAAACAAUGUUGAAACUGACAUGAGUUAUGAGGCUUUAACCGAACGAGCAAGUCAAACACUUUUCUUGACAGAAUUAUCGCGUGGUAUGUUCGUUGCAUUGGGCCAUUUAUUCAAAGAACCAGCCACAAUAAAUUAUCCAUUCGAAAAGGGACCAUUGAGUCCACGAUUCCGUGGUGAACAUGCUCUUCGUCGCUAUCCAAGCGGAGAAGAGCGAUGUAUCGCCUGUAAAUUAUGCGAAGCAAUUUGUCCGGCGCAGGCAAUCACAAUUGAGGCUGAGGAAAGAUCAGACGGUAGCCGAAGAACAACACGAUAUGAUAUUGAUAUGACAAAAUGUAUCUACUGCGGUUUUUGUCAGGAAGCAUGUCCUGUUGAUGCAAUCGUCGAAGGUAUGUAGGCCUUAAAUUAUAAUUGAGUACA